AGAAAGAAAAAGAAAAAAGCUACUCACGUGCAGAUCAUGAGUGAAACAAAAGAACAUAUGAUAUCCUCAGAACCCUCUUCUGCAUCAACUGAGCCAAACUUGGCCCCCCCUGCGUCACCAGCCCUACAGGGCUCGCCCGCGGCUGGUUCACUCGCAGCGACCCAACGUCCUAGGCCUUCAAAGAAACACAAGUGCCCUCUCUGUUUAAAUACAUAUACUGAUGUGGGUCAGCAUCUGAAGAAAACAGAGAGGAUCGCCAACAAAGAUGAGCUGAAGCUCCUCCAGAAUAUGGCCCACCAGCAUUUUUUAUCAAACCUGGAUUGCCCCCUCCCUGGCUGUAAGUCCAAGCAGAUCCAACGCUUGGACAAACAUUUUUUCAAAGUCCACAAACUCCAGAAACCAUUGGUGGUGACAAACAUGGAGCUAGCCAAAAGGCUCCAUGUUUCCAGGGAACUGGCCCUGCUUAGGGCCACUAAUCCCCAUCCACCAAUGGUGUCCUUCUUCGAUCUGGUGGACGAGGGGGCAAUCCGAAAGGGUGUGGCCAGGGAGGAAGCUGCAGCCGCUGCACGUAGGGAGGAGCCUUCUGAAAUAGAGGUCAAAGACUCCAAGCAAACCCCUCCCUCCUCAAAGAAGGGAAAAAGAGCCUCCAGCCUUCCUGCACCAGGCUGCAGAGACUCCCAGAAGCUGCACCACGAGCUGCAGGUGGUCAAACGCCUCCUGAAGAGUGAAGUGAGGAAAGCCAAAAUCCUCCAAGAGCGCCUCCUCACUCUUCAGGAGAAGACUCCCAAGGUCCACAGGAGGCCCAAAUAUUCCCUCUCCCAGGCCCCUCUCUAUGUGAAGCUAUUGGAAGAAUUCAGGCAUCACACAGAGGGGGCAAACCCCUCCAGGAAAGACCGAGAAAACGCGCAACAGCGGGUCACCCAUGUGAGGAAGUUUUUGGAAUUUAUGUGUACGCCGCAGAUCCUCAGCGCCGACAUGAAAUUCCUGAAAAAAAUCAGAAAUGUUGAAAAAUUCACUUGUCACCUGACCUCUCUGGAGUUGAAGCCGAGAACAAUCAAGGCUUACCUAACCGACGUGGUGAGCUUUCUCAGAUAUAUAUGUGUUUGGGCCCCACCGUCAGUUAAGAUGAACUACAGAGAGGUCCAGGAGCUCCUGACAAACAUCAAGACCCAGAUUAGGAAAAUCGUCUGGGAAGUUACAACCCACCAGGUGGUGGUCUGCCCUUCAAAAUCAGAGAACCUCAUAGAAUCAGAAGUGGUCGACACAUUUAUUAAAAAGGCACCAAGGCUCAUUGAAAGAGCGCUAGAUUUGAUAGAAGAGAACCCUCGCCAGAAGGGACGAGUGUCAGAAUUUUUCGGCCUCCUGGGGGGGUACCUGGUGGCCACCACUGGUCUCAGGACGGGAGUAAUCCUCAACCUCAGUGUGGCUGAGAUGAAAAACGCCAAGGUCACAAAGGAUGGCGGCAGGAUCAUCCUUAUCUCCGAGCAAAAUACAUGGAGGUACUACGGAUGGGUCCCUCCUCUUCCGCUCGCCCCGGAGGAGUAUGCCUGGGUCGAGCGGUACCUCCGUGUCAGGGACAGAGUGAAGGGUGGGUCUAAGGCCCCCACCUUUUUUCACACAUCAACGGGCCAGCCCCUGUUCAAGCUCCGUGAGCUUUUUAAGCAAGCAUGGGAGAAGAUGGGGCUGGGGGCCGGCCCCUCAUUCAAGAUGCUGCGCUCUGCUUCCCAUCAGGCCGAUAACCAUGGUGUCGUUGCACAAAGCUGCAGGCAGCUCAUAAUGAGGGAUAUGGAGCUGCAUGCUGCACAGCAACCGAAGACGAGAGCUGAAACAUCUGCCACCGAAGCCCCCGGCCAAACUGAGCCCCCCAGAAAAAAGCUGCGAAAAAUGCCUCCUCUCACUGCCCCAGAGGAGCAGAAUGAAACCUGGAGCUCAUUUGAGGAGGAGGAGGAGUGGCAACCUCCUGAUGAGAGCUCAUUGGUGGAGGAGAGAGAGGAGGAGUCUGUCGAGGAGGAGGGAAGGGCUAUAAGUUUUUAAGUGCCCUGAGGAGAAAACUCCAGAUAUAAGCACAUUAGGAAGUGUUCGAAUGCUACCUGACUGUUCGUGAAUCCCAGGAUGGCUAAAAUUUUGUUUGAGACACGCGGCGUCCAUCUCUUAGCAAGGGAGGAAGAGGAGGACCUUUUUUUCCCUUUGUUUUUGUUGUAAAUGGUUUAUAUUUCUACAAUUUUUAUAUUCAAAUUCUAUGUUUGUGUGUUCAUUAAAAGUUUUUUUUCGAGAUUCUGAAUGCAAAUAUUUUGUUUCCAAAGUUUACGAGUAAAAAUGUUCAUAUUUAAUCUUCUGUAUUGGCCGUUAUUUAAAAAAGAAAAGUUCUAUAUUGCUAAAAUGAGUCAAGAUUUUGUGCCAUUUGUUUAAAAUUUGGGGAAUUUCAUUGACCCAUUGAUAAUAAUGUACACUCAGAAUAGAGACAUGGUGGCCUUCAUUUUGUGGUUCAGGAAAUGUCUAUUUCAGGCAAAUUGUAAAAGUAUGAAUAAAAAGUUACCACGGCUCCA